AUGGCAGCACGAGACGUGACCGAAGUGGAAGCUGCGCUUCCAAAACAUGCAGAGGAACUUGAGACAACCAGGACAACCCCGGACGUUGAGACCAACAACUUUCAUGGCCUCGACCUGAAGACCAUCCUUGUUUAUGUGUCUGUUAAUCUCAUUGCCUUUGCCCAGAUCCUGAACCUGGUGGGCUCCGGCGCGUAUGCAAGAAACAUUGCUGCUGCCGUAGGUGGAUCCACGGAAACAACAUGGCUAUCUCAGGUCAUAGCCAUUGUGACCUGUGUACUUGCACCACCGGUCUCCCAAGCAGCUGAUCUUUGGGGCAGAAAGUGGCUGAUUGUGAUACUUACACUCUUCGGCUUCGUCGGCAGCAUCGUCGUCUCCCGAUGUACAAGCAUGGCCAUGGCCAUUGGGGGAGAAGUCAUUUCUGCAAUCAGCUUCGGUGCCCAACCGCUCUUGUAUGCCGUUGUUUCCGAAAUCCUUCCACGACGUUUUCGACCAGCCGCCCAAGCAGGCGUCAAUGUCUCGGUCGCUCUAGCUGGAAUCUUUGGCUUGCUCGUCGGUGCGACUCUGAUCGACAAGUACACGGAAGGCUUCAGGAUAUACUACUACAUUACGGGCGCGAUCAACGCCGUUUCCGCUAUUCUCUGUGCAUUAUUCUACACCCCAGUUCCGCGACCUCUGCAAAAAACUUUGACGAGGGCGCAGAAAUUUGGUCGACUCGAUUGGAUUGGCUAUGCUCUCCUCUCAUCAGGACUCGUAUUGUUCAGUAUCGCUCUCACCUGGUCUGACAACCCGUACUCGUGGGAGAACGCUCACAUCAUUGCACCCUUCGUCGUUGGGGUGUUCCUCCUCGUUUGCCUCGGUAUAUACCAGAUCAAGCUCAAGAAGGACGGGAUGUUCCACCACAGUCUUUUCCAACAGGAUCGUAACUUUGCGAUUGCGGUCGUCGGCAUCUUGGUGGAAGGCAUGUGCUUUUUCGCUGUAAAUGACUUUUUCCCACUUGAAUUGUCAGUGCUAUUCCAGACGGAUGCUUUUGGAGUCGGCUUGAGGUUCUCCAUCACUUUCUUCACGCAGAUCGUCGCGUGUUUUGGUAUUGCAAUUUACUCGUCAAUGACCAAAACUAUUCGCCUCCCAACGACUCUGGCGUUCUGUUCCAUAGUGAUAUUUUUCAUACUAUUGGCUACGGUCAAGACGUCCAUCUCGACAGCGUUAUGGGCUUACCCGAUCUUUCUCGGACUUGGUUUAGGAAUUUGUCUCACUUGUGUUGUGACAGCGGCGCAGAUAUCAGCACCACCAGCCCUGAUUGCCAUUACAAGUGGUUUGUUGAUUUCGACCAGGUCUUUGGGUGGCUCUAUUGCGCUUCCCAUCUACACUGCGAUAUUCAAGUCCAAAAUCACCACCAGCAUAGGAUCCGACAUCGCUGCUCGAGUAUUACCACUGGGAAUUUCUCAGGAAUUUCUCCCCCUAUUCAUCGCCGGCCUUACUACGGGCAACGAGUCGAUUUUGAUAUCAGUACCUGGUGUAACGCCGCAGAUCAUUCAAGCUGGAGCACGCGGUCUACAAGAAGCCUACUUGUCUUCCUUGAGAUAUGUCUGGGUGACGGCUGCUAUCCUUGCCUUUAUCGCGGCUUCAUGUUCGAUGUUCCUCAUAGAUCCAUCUCAGCAACUAAAUAUGCAUGUCGAUGCGCCGCUGGAGGAAGAUCCCGCAUGA